GGGAAAAGAAGGUAUAUAUGAAUAUUUAGAGGUAUAAAGAAAAGCUCGAUGAAUUUCUAAUCAAUUUUCAAAAUUUUGUCAUAUGAUAUAUUGCGUAUAAGUUUAAGCUUUUUUUCGGUUCUUUGUUUUAAUAUUUGGGAUAUUUUUGAUAUUUUGCAGGUUACAAUUAAUAAAUUAGAUUUAUCAUAAGUACGAGUAAUCGUAGACUAUUGUUCUGUUCUUAAUAUGCUCAAUUUGGACAAAGCCGACGUUAUCAGGAUUCAAAAGGACGCCUAAUCUUUUUGACUCAGAAAUAUCGUUCGAGUUCGGACAACUAGAUAAAGAUCUCCAGAACACUUUGACAACCAGUUUAUAUAAACUCACUCUAUUCUUAUGUCAGAAAUCGUUGUUGUUGGUGCUGGUGUCAUUGGUCUUUCCGCUGCACAAGCACUCUGUGAAAAGGGUUAUAAAGUCAAAGUUGUUGCUGCUCAUUUUCCAACUGAUCCUUUAAAUUCACGUUACACUUCACCAUGGGCAGGUGCACAUUAUAGACCAUUUCCUAGUAAAUCACCAAAAGAAUUUGAAGAGUCCCAAUUAACAAGAAAGACUCUUGAAUAUUUUGAAAAAUUAGCUGUGGAGGAACCUCAAUCCUCAGUUAAAUUUAUUGAUGGUAUUGACUAUUUAGAGGAAAAGGGACUAUAUGAUGUUAAAGCAAAAGGAUACUAUGAAGAUAUUCAAUACUUGAAGGAAAUACCAAAGAACCAAUUACCUAAAGGUGUUGAAUUUGGUGCAAAGUAUAGAACUUGGGUGUUGAACUCACCUUUAUACAUUCAAUAUCUUCAAAGAAAACUGACCUUCAAAUAUGGAGUCGAGUUCAUAAGAACUGAACUAACCUCUUUGAAACAAGUAUCACAAUCAUUCCCAAAUACUAUAAUUGUUAAUGCUUCUGGAUUGGGUUUACAAUACAAUGGUGGUUAUGAUCCGAAAUCAUAUGUUAUCAGAGGCCAAACACUUUUAGUCAGAGCUCCAGAAGGGCAUCCCUACGAAAAGCAAACAAUCACACACCAAUCUAAAGAUGGAUUAUGGACAUUCGUCAUUCCAAGACCAUUGGAUGGUGGACUAAUCGUUGGUGGUACUAAACAGGUUAAUGAUUUUCAAAAUACACCAAAAGAUGAAGAUACUAAACAAUUGAUUGAAAGAUCCAGAGCGCUUUAUCCUGAGAUUUUCAUUGAUGGUGAGUUAGAUAUCAAGAAUAUCAAUGUUGGAUUCAGACCUGCCAGAGAGGGUGGUAUUAGAAUCGAGAUAGAGAAGGUUGGUAAGCAAUACAUUGUCCAUGACUAUGGCUUUGGUGGUAUGGGAUAUGAAUUGUCUCGUGGAUCGGCUGAAGAAGUUUUGAAGCUAGUUGAGUCGAUUCCAACUGUUUCAAAGUUAUGAUUUAUUUAUUAAUAUAAUGUUUAAACGGAGUGGUCUAUUAAGUAAUAAUAACAAUAUACAAAUAUUAAAGAACCCUAUAAAACAUUGAAGAAAACAACUAUCGUUAGCAAACAAAAUAAAUAGAACAUGUACAUCAUUUUCUCAACCUAUUGAACAAAACUUAUAACUGAUUAAUGCAAAUAGAAAUUAGAAAUAAUGAAUGCGUGAAAAGAAUGUGCACCUUAGUGUUUAGGAUGACCUUUAAUCUCUCUAGACCAACCUGGGAUAUCAUCACCUGUACCA